AUGUCUACAAAGGUCCAAAAGAUUAUGGUUCAGCCAAUUAACCUGAUUUUCAGGUAUCUGCAAAACAAAUCGAGAGUGCAGAUCUGGCUUUUUGACAAGUCUGACAUGAGAAUCGAAGGACAAAUCAUUGCAAAUGGCUUUGAUGAAUUUAUGAACCUUGUCCUUGAUGAUGCAGAGGAAGUGAUGACAAAAGAGAAGACUCGAAGAAGUGUUGGCCGAGUUAUGCUCAAAGGCGACAAUAUCACCUUGAUCCAAUCUGUGAACAAUUGA